AUGAGUAACUUGGACAACUGCGGGACCCCCGGGGUCUACCUCCCCUCGGCCUAUUACAUCUCCCACUCCGAUUUUUCCGGCAAGACCCCGUUUCGGUCCCAGCCGCCUCCUUCCUGUCAAAUGGCUUUGUCUUACGCCUCCGCCUUGCCCGGCCAGGUGCAACCGGUGGGCGAAGUGCCCGCCGCCUUCCGCGAUUACGCUGGAGGAGGUGGAAGCAGCAAGUGGGCUUACCGGAGCGCUUACAGUCCGGGUUACUACGAGGAGGUCUUCCACAGCCGGGAUUUCCUGCCACCACCGACCGCCAACAGGAGCGACGCCUUCCUCAAAAGUGACGACGUUGGCCGUACCCAUCCCGCACCUUUCUAUGGCGCCGUAGGCAGGAAUGGCGUUCUCCCGCAGGGCUUCGACCAGUUUUACGAGGCGGCCCGCGGCUGCGCCCCUUCCCCGACCCAGGCAGAAAAGGAGAGCAACAAGGACCUCAAGUCGCCGCCACAGUCGAGGGACGCUGGCGAUCCAAGCUCCCACCUUCCCAGGCCCAAGAGGAAAGCGGGGAACGAAGGCAACGCGGAUUCCUCCUCGGGGGAGGCCCGCACUCCCAAAAGCCAGAGCUCAGCACUCCCCCAAAGAUCCCGGAAAAAGAGAUGUCCUUAUACCAAGUACCAGAUUAGAGUCCUGGAACGGGAAUUUUUCUUCAACGUGUACAUCAACAAAGAGAAAAGACUCCAGUUGUCCAGAAUGUUGAAUCUCACAGAUCGACAAGUCAAAAUUUGGUUCCAAAACCGAAGGAUGAAAGAAAAGAAACUCAACCGAGACCGUAUGCAAUAUUUCACAGGAAACCCCUUAUUUUGA